AUGCAACGUUUAAAGCCUGCACACGAAAUCUAUAAUCGUCUUUUAUGGGACACUUCUUGUGUGCCUGGUGGUGAGUUUGUUAUUGGCUACGAAGACAGAUUCCUUGGCAUACAAGAGAAGUCAAGAGAAGAGUUUGAAGCGGAAGAAGUCCCAUUCCACCGGAUACGUUAUUUUAAAGCUAUUCAAAAUAAUCAAAAAUUAUGGGAUAGAGAGAAACGCAUAGAUAUAAUCACAAGUUCCUAUAAAAAUCCAAAUUCCUCUGAUGAUUCAAUAUUAAUAACAUCAAGCAUUAUCGAUUCAGAAAUUUCAAGAGAGAAAAAAUCCAAAAUUGCUGAUGCUUCUAUCGAGACCAAUAAUGAUGCUAACGAUAAUAAUGAUAAACCUACUACCAUCAUUUCGACAAAAUUCAAAAAACAGCAAAUUAAGAAAAAACGACAAGCAUUUAUAGAAAAAUCGAAAAUGGAAGCACGUUUAGAACUUGAACAAGAGAAACACAUAGAAGCUGAACAUGAGUCACAAAGAUUAAGUAAAAUACGAGAAGUUGAGGAACGUAUAAAACGAUUUAAUGAAAUUCAAAUUAAAUAA